ACUCGUUAACUGGGGUUAAUUGGGGAGUGCAUGUGGUUUCAUUCAUUACUGCUUUUGAAUGGAGUCUUUAAAUUCCUCAAAUUCCGUUUGAAAUUCACGUCUGCUGGGUUUAGAACUAACAGUUUUCUAGUCUCCAUUAAGAGUGCUUUUAAUCUCCAGUCAUCAGUUCAUCAAAUUUUUUUCGGCCUCCAACGAGUUAUCAUGGAGACCUUGACAGUGAACUAGUGAAGAGUCUCGUCAGAUGUUGGCACAUGAUUCUCAUUGAAAUAGCAAAACUUUAUGAAUGUAUCCAAUUUUUGCUGUUUAUUUGGCCCAGUAGUAUGAUCUUUGUUGAUUGUUGAACCAAAGAGUCUCAGAAAAAAUUGAACGCGAGUCAUAAUUGAAGAUUUACGGAGAUCAAUCAUGGAAUGGAACAGGUUUUGUCUGUCUGGUGUAGACAAUAACGAUUGAGAGUGCUGUGUACAACAAUUAUUUAUUUUUCACUGAAAUUCUUGGAAAGUGUCAAUUAACAUAGAGCUCCAGCUCAUUUUGAACCUAGCCAGUGAUCAGUGUUUUAUUGACAAUAAGUCAAUUACUAACAAUGCAGUCGAAAUACCUCCUCAUUGCUGGUCUGGUGCCAUUCAUCGCUCUUGAUUUCUGGCAUACCGGAGCAGUCGUACUAUGGACAGCCAAAGUGAUGAUCGUGACGUACCUUAUAAUAUUCGGCAUCUGUCCGCUGAUAUUCCAUUAUUCAUAUGCAUUUCAACGUAAAGUACUCUUCUUAAACUUUGUACAUUGGCCCCCAUCAGUGGAUUUUGACGAUCCCCAGAGUGUAGGACUCCAGGGAGCGCGAAAUUUCUAUUUAAGUACAAGCGAGGGUGUUAAAAUAGGUGCGUGGCAGAUUCUGCCGACCUCACUGGUGAAUGAAUCGGCCAAGUGGACUGAUGAUGAUUUCAAUGCAGCACUGAGCAACCCAAAAAGGCCUGUAUUCCUGUACAUGCAUGGAAAUAGUGGAAAUCGUGCUAGCAGUCAUAGAGUGGAGCUAUACAAGGUCUUUCAGCAGUUGGAUUACCAAGUCAUUGCCUUCGACUACAGAAGUUAUGGGGACAGUGAUCCUGCCGAUCUGUCGGAGAAUGGAGUCGUUGAAGACAGCAAGUUUGUGCUGCAGUGGCUGAUGAAGAAGGUCAAUGGGACUGUCCCAAUAUUCGUCUGGGGACACUCUCUGGGGACUGGAGUAUCUAGUCAUGCCCUGGCACUCCUCGCUGAGGAGAAUGUCAGUCCAACAGGACUCUUCCUGGAGUCUCCAUUCAACAACAUGAACGAUGAGCUGAGUUAUCAUCCCUUCGCCCAGAUAUUCAAGCAUUUGCCCUGGUUCCAUUGGGUGAUCGUGCAGCCGUUCUAUGGUAAUGGGUUGAAAUUCGAGUCUGACAAGCACAUUGGGAAUAUCAAAUGUCCUGUAAUGAUCCUGCAUGCUGAGGAUGACAAUGUUAUACCAAUUUCACUGGGGGAAAAGUUAUAUAAGGAAGGACUGAGAUUACAUAAGGAUGAUCCCAAUCAACUGGAAAUGGUCAGGAUAAACGGAUCCUUAGGGCUUGGACACAAGUACAUAUGUCGAUAUGAACCUUUGCCAAAUAUAAUUGAGACAUUCGUUGCAAAAGCUCAGUCUAGACAUCGUCAAUGAGGAGAUUUACAUAAAUUCAGGAAAUUUAGUAUAAUAUUCGUGCCGAAGAAAUCCGGCGAGUUCAAUCAAUUCUCAUUUGAUUUUACCAGAAUUCAAUAAUACUUAAUUACGUAUUAUAUGAGCGACUAGUGCCCAGUAUUUUUGUGAUAAACAAAAAAAUUGAAAACAUGUGGAUUAAUUCGUUACUAGGUUUUUCUUGGAAAUAAGUCUGAUCAUUAGAUAUUGUGUGAGUGUACAUGCUUCAGUGAGUAUUGAUUUCAAUUUAGAUGUUUGCAGUGAUAAUUAGUACAUUUUUAAUUCACGAAGGAAAAGAAAUGACUCAUGCUAUACGUCGAAUUACAGGUAAUUAAUUAAGAGAUAAGCACGUGGGUCAGACGUUAGUAAAUGGGAGGUGGAGAUUUUUAUCUCCACCUAACUUUUUUCUGGCAUUCUGUAAAAAAUCUUCGACGUAUCUGUUUCAUUAUAUUCGUGAAGUCUCUCGGAAUAAAUUAUUUUUAUGGGCUGUUGAUUUUGUCAUAAAAAAGAGAAGGGAAUAAUCGAAGCUUCAUAUUUUCGUCAUGAAAGUUAUAUUUUCCUAUAGUUUUGCACCAUGUUCUUGUUGAAAUUAUUUAAUGCAAUAAAUUCAGAAAGAUUAGGGUGAUAUUGAGAGGGCUAAAAUUUGGCGAACUGACCUAAUUCUUGUGUUAUUCCACUAGUAUUCAAUAAUUACGUACUAUAUGAGUGACCCGAUCCCAAUAUUUUUGUAAUAAAUGCAAAAUUGAGAACGUGUACAUUAUUUCGAUAUUAACUUUCUUCUUGGGAAUAAGUCUGAUAUCACAUGUUGAGAGUGUCUAUGCUUCAGUGAAUAUUUGUUUUAAUUUAUGUUUGAGUGAUAAAAGAUAUAAUAAAUGUGAAGAUAUUCGUCUCA